GAAGAAGAAAAAGAAUGAGCGUUCUAACAAACUUUCGCUGAAACUUCAUGUAAAUCUUUAACUUAGAAUCAACUAACUCAUCAAUAUUUAAUAUAUAUUUCAAAGAAAGAGAAAACAUACAAAUUAAUCAAUUUCUCUUCAAUAAUUUUUGUGACACUCAAAGUUGAUGAAAGAUCACGUAGUGGUGUCGAUCACCUACGGACCAUCGUCGGAGGGUUCAGUGACGGCGUCGCCAAUCUCUCAUCAGGCCCCGUCAGUUCCGACGCCGUCUUCAUUGGCAUACUCCGUAACGCCGCCAGCAUCGAGGUUUAGCUCACGGCGAGCGUCGGCUCAUGUUUCCGGUUUGGUUCUCCGGUUUAUAACUUUAGUUCUAUGUUUUGUCGCUGCUCUUUCACUGGCAGUGAAUGUUCAUCGGCCUUCACAGAGACAUCGGUCUCAGAGCUCCUCGAGUUUCGCUUCAUAUCCUGAACUAUUGUAUUGCUUUGGCGUAGCAGUGACAGGACUCGUGUAUACAUCUCUACAAACAUUCAAAGGAGUUUGUGAUAUUACUCACAGAGGAAUUCUAAUCUCUGAGCCUCUCUCGGAUUACAUCAGUUUCAUUCUUGAUCAGGUUAUAUGUUAUCUACUAGUAUCAUCUUCUUCCUUGGCAAUUGCGUGGAUCCAACAUGCAAACAGCGAUUCGGUCAAAACACUUAGAAAUAAUUCCAUUGUUUCAGCUUCAAUGGCCUUCUCUGCUUUUUUGGUUUUGGCACUCUCGAGCCUCUUGUCUGGGUAUAAGCUUUGCAAGAGAUUUAUGUGGUAAUUAAGUCUUGUAAAGGAUUUUUAUAUUCAAAAUACUGUUUAAUCUAAAUAAGUAACAUAAUGACCAUGUUUAUUGCAAUAGUUACGUGUUAAUUUGCACAUGCAUGACCAUUUUAAUUUGUCUUCCUCGUACUUUUGUCAAAAUUGUCACUAAUUGGUAAAGGGUCCUUUAAUAUGCACAAAAGGGGGUUUUCAUACUGUGGCAAAAUCCAAGGCAGCUUCAGCAUCUCUUAUCUAACAAUCGAUACCAAGAGCAUGUGUCUUUGAGUCACCAACAACAUCUAAUACCCACCCUAAGUCGAUCAUCA